GGACAGGAGGAUGGAGAGAUUACCCUCAGCUACAGUACAUUGGCUCCUAUCAGGAGGAUGGAGAGGGGUUGGGGAAUGUGAGGCAGUUGCUUGGCUACAGUAAUAAAGGCACAUUAGCAUGAUGGAGUGUGGAGAGAGAGUAAUGUAUGUGCUAGUGUGUGUCUGUGUGUGAAUGAGGAGGGCUCUCAUUCUCUGGGUGUUCAGUUAAUCCUUCUGUCAGUUGAUGUUAAAACAGCAUUUUAAGAGCUGGAUGGAUAAAGGAAGAGGCACAGUGUAAGCGGGGAGACACAGAAGCCUGGAACAGAAGGCAAGCCUUGUUUUCAGCACCACGGAGAGAGACACCAAAAAUUCUCAACAUCAUCAACCAGUGCCCCUCUGUGACUCCCCCACCCCCCGCCUUGGAACCUCAAGUAUAGGGAGGAAGGCCAGGUCAUUCACUUCAGAGGCUUUCCAUCCUCAAGAAAACAAACACAACAACAACAGCAACAAAAUAUAAUCUUUGCUUGGGAAGUAGGGCUGAUCUUUUUCUCCGCCAAUGCAAAAGGAAAUAUGCAGCACAUCUUUGCCUUCUUCUGCACAAGCUUUCUAGGGGCAGUGCUUGGGGUGAAUUUCCCCAAUUUUCCUAACAUUAUCCAGAUCGGGGGCCUCUUCCCAAACCAGCAAUCACAGGAACAUGCCGCCUUUCGCUUUGCGCUAUCUCAAUUGGUGGAGCCCCCGAAACUGCUGCCCCAAAUUGAUAUUGUGAACAUCAGCGACAGCUUUGAAAUGACCUACACAUUUUGUUCACAGUUUGCCAAGGGAGUGUAUGCCAUAUUCGGAUUCUAUGACCGGAAGACAGUCAACAUGCUCACCUCUUUUUGUGGUGCGCUCCACGUUUGCUUCAUUACCCCCAGCUUCCCCGUAGCCACUUCAAAUCAGUUUGUCCUACAGCUGAGGCCGGAACUUCAAGACGCUCUAAUUAGUGUUAUUGAGUAUUACAAGUGGAAAAAGUUUGUGUACAUCUAUGAUGCGGACCGAGGUUUGUCUGUCCUCCAGAAAGUACUAGACACAGCGGCGGAGAAGAACUGGCAAGUGACAGCUGUAAACAUCUUGACCACCACUGAGGAAGGCUACCGUCUGCUCUUUCAGGAUCUAGACAAGAGCAAAGAUCGCCAAGUUGUGAUAGACUGUGAGUCGGAAAGACUGAAUGCCAUACUCACCCAGGUAAUCAUCAAACUAGAAAAAAACAUUGUCGGAUAUCACUAUAUACUUGCAAACCUGGGGUUUAUGGACAUUGAAUUGCAGAAGUUUAAAGAAGCAGGAGCUAAUGUGACGGGAUUCCAGCUGGUCAACUACACAGACACCCGGGUGUCUCAGAUACUGCAGCAGUGGAAAACCUAUGAUGGCCGGGAACAACCUCGCGUAGAUUGGAAGAAACCAAAGUACACCUCUGCGCUAACUUACGAUGGUGUCCGUGUAAUGUAUGAAGCCUUCCAGAACCUGAGGAAACAAAGGAUAGACAUCUCCCGUCGUGGUAAUGCCGGAGAAUGCUUGGCCAACCCCGCUGUUCCAUGGGGGCAAGGAAUAGAUAUACAGAGAGCACUACAGCAAGUCCGAAUGGAAGGGUUGUCUGGAAACGUCCAGUUUAACGAGAAGGGACGUCGGACAAACUAUACAUUGCACGUGCUGGAGCUAAAACAUAAAGGAAUCAGACAGAUUGCUACUUGGAAUGAAGAUGAUAAACUUAUCCCAUUAGCUACUGAUGCCCAAGCAGGGAAUGAAUCCAUAGGGGUACAAAACCGAACGUACAUCGUUACCACUAUAUUGGAAUCUCCAUAUGUUAUGUACAAAAAGAAUGCUGAUGAAUUUGAAGGCAAUGAAAAGUUUGAGGGUUACUGUGUGGAACUGGCCUCAGAGGUAGCCAAGCACGUGGGAUUCAAGUACAAACUGGAGAUUGUAAAGGAUGGGAAGUACGGAGCACGUGACUCAGACAUGAAAGCCUGGAACGGGAUGGUGGGGGAGCUAGUGUAUGGGAGAGCGGAUCUGGCCGUUGCGCCUUUGACAAUCACACUGGUCCGUGAAGAAGUUAUUGACUUUUCCAAACCAUUCAUGAGCUUGGGUAUAUCCAUCAUGAUCAAGAAACCACAGAAAUCAAAACCGGGUGUUUUCUCCUUCUUGGAUCCUCUCGCAUAUGAGAUCUGGAUGUGUAUAGUCUUCGCUUACAUUGGUGUUAGUGUGGUUCUCUUUUUGGUCAGUCGAUUCAGCCCAUAUGAGUGGCACAAUGAAGAGUUUGAGGAAGGAAGAGAUCAACCCUCCACAGACCAUUCUAAUGAAUUUGGAAUAUUUAACAGUCUAUGGUUUUCCUUGGGUGCCUUCAUGCAACAAGGAUGUGACAUUUCCCCCAGGUCCCUCUCCGGUCGCAUUGUGGGUGGUGUCUGGUGGUUCUUCACCCUCAUCAUCAUUUCCUCUUAUACUGCAAAUCUAGCAGCUUUUUUGACGGUUGAGAGAAUGGUGUCUCCUAUUGAGAGUGCAGAUGACCUGGCCAAACAGACAGAGAUUACAUAUGGGACUCUGGAUUCUGGAUCCACAAAAGAAUUUUUUAAGAGAUCGAAAAUUGCCGUCUUUGAAAAGAUGUGGACUUAUAUGCGCUCAGCCGAACCCUCUGUGUUUGUAAAGACAACUGAGGAUGGAAUGAACCGAGUUAGAAAGUCUAAAGGAAAAUAUGCCUAUCUCUUGGAGUCCACUAUGAAUGAGUAUAUUGAGCAGAGAAAACCUUGUGACACCAUGAAGGUGGGAGGUAACUUGGAUUCCAAGGGCUAUGGCAUUGCUACCCCCAAGGGGUCACCUCUGAGAAAUCCAGUAAACCUGGCAGUAUUAAAACUGAACGAGCAGGGGCUUUUGGACAAAUUGAAAAACAAAUGGUGGUACGACAAGGGAGAAUGCGGCAGCGGGGGAGGUGAUUCCAAGGACAAAACAAGUGCACUGAGUCUUAGUAAUGUCGCUGGUGUCUUCUACAUCCUUAUCGGAGGACUGGGAUUGGCCAUGUUGGUUGCACUAAUCGAGUUUUGUUACAAGUCCAGAAGUGAAUCCAAAAAGAUGAAGGGCUUCUGUUUAAUUCCGCAGCAAACAGUCACAGAAACGGUUCGGAUGGCAACCUUACCAAGACCUUCCACAGCAGGGGGUAGCGAUGAGAACGGCAGAGUGGUCAGUCACGACUUUCCCAAAUCCAUGCAGACAAUUCCAUGUAUGAGCCAUAGUGCAGGUAUGGCCCUAGGAGCAACUGGAUUAUAAUACCAGCAGACUUCACGCCGCCUAGUGAAGCAAUGAUGAUCUGACCCCCGUUCCAGUGCCAAAAACACAAAGGACACAUUUUAUGGACUUUUCGAAGUCACACAAAGAUCUAUUUUAUUUUAUUUUUUUGUCUUAUUUGUUCUUUUUGCCAUCUGCGGCAAAUUUACAUGUCAGUAACUGCAAUAAAGAGCUGAUUGGGGAAGAAAGGAGAACCUACCCUGUGGGUUGGACAUUUGAAUGUUAUCAAUAGACUCUGAUCCCGCAAUGGUUCAGCUCAUCAACUCCUAGUUUAUUCAAUUGUUUUAGGAGAAUUUUUGUUUCCACUUUCUGUUUCCAUUUAUUUCCCCUUAUCUUUUUUAUGUGUUAGCUUUCUGAAUAAAUUUGGGUGCACAAUCUCCUGGCAUUUCCCUCCAAGUGGAGGCACACAACUAGAAUGUUCUUCAUCAGAGCAGCCCUGGAAGAGAAAGUGGUUAUGAAACAGGCCUCAUCUCCAGUUGUAAAAAAACAAGUGAAAAGAAAUAAAAAGCAAUGAGAAAAGGAUAAAGAGAUGGCUGUACAUAGAAGACAAAGCAAAAUAGUAAAGAGACUUUGAAACACAGUCAAGUUGAGCAUCAGCAACGAUGGGGAUAAGUUUAAAAUGUUAAAAGCAAGUGGGAAUAUCACAGGACCACAACAGAAAUGUAUAAACUGUAAUCUGAUGCCGAAUUUCUCAGUGGAAAGUGGUGAAGAUACAUGCUACCACUGGACACCAGAAGUCAAAUCUUAGUUUUGCUGUCGUGGCUACAACUCUAAGCUAGGACCUUGUCUACUUGAGGGAGCUGGUCAUCUCAACGACAACACACAAGGCGAAUACAAGACCAUUUCCAGCAAGAUGAAAGCAUUUAUGAUUGUGUAUGAAGACAUAUCUUUAAAAAAAUAACAAUAAGACACCUCAGCAGAUGUAGGCAGAGUAACAGUGGUUCGGCCUCCAUGCACUGUACAAUGGUAAUAUUUGAAUGUUUAAGUUGAUGCUGUGAUUAAAAAAAAAAAAAAAAAAGCAACAUGCAUUUUGCCAGCAGUCAUGGGAAUGUCACCAGCUUCAGGAGAUACAAAGGGGACGUGUCUAGCUCACCUGUAAUCUUGUUGACAGGUGUCAUGGAGAUAGAAUAAUGCAUUUAACGCCAUACUUUAUUCAUCUAUAAAUCCAUUUGUUUUUAUUUUUUACCUCUCCGUCUUUCCCACAUGUGGGAGGGCAGUAAUGUUCCUGAAAAGGAUAGAUUUCAAAAAGUUAGUGUUUUGAAGUUUUUUGCUUUUUUUAUUUUGAGUAUUUUAUGAGUUCCUAUUUCAAUGUGUGAAGAAGACAGAUAUUAUCCUCUGAACCUCUUCGAAAGUGUAUGUUGCCAUUUUGGAGUGGAAACAUAUCCUUUUUACUAAUUCCUCAAAGUUCUGAGGAGCUUUCCAGCCAUCUGACUCAAGGGCCUUGCCUAUAUCUAGAAUUGAACUCAACCAUGUUACAAGGGCAUUGCAGCAUAGAGCUCUGUCUUAUUUGCUCAGUGACUUCAAGAAAAGACUUUGUGGGGCGUAGGACACAACAAAUCAGCAUUGGAGAUGUUGAGUGUUCACUUGUAAUUUGUAUUUUUAUUACACUUUCUUAAAAAACAGGUGUGGAGCCAAGCUCGGUUUUUACCCCGAGAAUGGACUCCGCAUUUAACCCCUUCAGGCGUUUCAUUCAGUUUUUCCCUCUUUGAUACCUGGAUAUUUUUCUUCAUGAAAACUGUAUUUGUUUUAACUCUGAUGUCAAAAGUGCUAAGCAAGAUUACGUUUGGUCAAACAACCGAAGCUUUGUUUGGUUUGUUUUAAAGAUGCGGUGGCAAGGUGGUGUCCCUCAUCUGCAUCUCCUUGCUUCUUGGCUAUCUCCUUUGCUUUCUUUUCUUUUCUUUUCUUUGAAUUAAUAUAAAAUGGACGUGGUUCCUUUCUUUGAGGCAAA